CGGAGACACGUAGGUACGACUUCAGCAUCUCUUUUCAGGAGGGCGGUCCGCAUGCAGACCCCCGCACCGUGAGCCUACCGGUAUUGCAACUUUACUGCUAUCCCUCCCACAUUUGUUGGUAGGUAAUCCAGGUUAGCUGCAAGCCACCAAUCCUUCCUCGCAAGGAGACAGAUUCACUGCAGCAGCAGGAGGCAUAGGGUUCUUGUUGGAGUGCGUUUCUGCUGAAUUUCAAUUCUUGUCAUCUAUCUUCAGCAAUAUUUGAAGCUUCACGUGGGUGAUACCUUUGCCUAGCAGAAUGGCCAGCAGUGACUUGCCCUCGAGGACGGUGAAGCCAAAGCAUGACGAGAGCCGCACGAUGAAGGCAAUUGCGUGGAUGGGCAAGAAGAGCGUGCAUGUGUCGGACAAGCCGGUGCCGCUGAUCACUGACCCGCACGACGCCAUCAUCAAGGUGACGGCCACCGCCAUCUGCGGCUCUGACCUGCACAUCUUUGUCAACGCCAUGCCCGGUAUGACCAAGGGCGACAUCCUGGGGCACGAGUUCAUGGGCAUCGUCCAGGAGGUCGGGCCGGAGGUGACCAAAUUCAAGCCCGGUGACAAGGUGGUGGCCUGUUUCGACUUGGGCUGUGGGCAGUGCUUCUACUGCAAGCGCGGCCUGUGGAGCUGUUGUCAGGUCACCAAUCCUAGCAAGGAGCAGGAGGCGAUGUAUGGUGACCGGACAGCUGGCAUGCACGGCUACUCUGCCAUGACGGGAGCUUAUGAGGGCGGGCAGGCGGAAUAUGCAAGAGUCAUUUUCGCUGACGUGAACCUGCUCAAGGUCCCCAACGACGCCGCCGACGAGAAGUACCUGUUCCUGUCCGACAUCCUGCCCACCGCGUGGCACGCCACCGAGCUGGGGGAAGUCAGCGAGGGGGACACCGUCGCCAUUUGGGGCGCAGGCCCGGUGGGCAUCCUGGCGGCGCACUGCGCUGCUGCCCGCGGCGCGAAGCGCAUCAUCAUGGUCGACAACCAGACGUACCGCCUCGACUUCGCCACGAGCAAGAUUCCGGGGCUGGAGACGGUCAACUUCGGCGAGAAGAAGGUGAUGGAGACGCUCAAGGAGAUGACGGGCGGCCACGGCCCCGACGUGGCCAUCGAGGCGGUGGGCUUCCACUACUGCAAGAGCUGGACGCACGCCAUCGAGACCGCGCUCAUGCUCGAGACCGACCCCUCCGAGAUGCUCAACGAGAUGAUCGUCUCCGUGCGCAAGGGCGGUCGCAUCUCCAUCGUGGGAGUGUACGCAGGCUUCACGAACCACUUCAACAUCGGCGCGUUCAUGGAGAAGCAGCUGACGAUGCGCGGCGGGCAGACGCCGGUGCAGAAGUACUGGCACGACCUGAAGACGCUGAUCGACAAGGGCGUGCUGGACCCCACCAUGGUGCUCACGCACACGCUGCCGCUGGACCAGGGGCCCGAGGGCUACAAGAUCUUCAACGACAAGACCGACGGCUGCGUCAAGGUCGUGCUCAAGCCGCAACUCAUGGCUGCCGGCGCAUAGACGAUCAACGACCACGAGAACGGGCAGGGCCUUAAAAUGAAAUGCCCCAAGAUAUAGCUGCACCACACUUGUGCUUAUAGAUACCACCGUAGAGGCUCGUUGGCAGAACUUUUGUAACUUAUGUGCCAGAGCGGCUAGUCAUGUCGGAUGGAAAUGUAUCAUAUGGACAAUUUUGUGUAGAACUUCAAAUCGUACGUAGCACUCAUAGUCGCCCCUGAGCAGAGAAAACUCCGAGCUAAGACUCUCGAUCGCUUAGUUGUGAGAGCCUCGUAAAAGACUUGAGAAACCUGUGAAUCUAAUCAACUGAGGGUUUUCUGCGCCCGGCAACUUGCUGCUGGUAGUUAUUGUACUGAAAGAAGUUGCGCCCCGUUCGUCUCGGGAAACUCCGCAUGCAAAGCACUGCAUCUUAUUGGGGCAACUUGAUUGUAUGUGAACCGCUGAGCCUCUGCA